GAACUGGAUGAUUUGUUUAUCAGUGAAGGCUUCCAGAAAGAAACAAGCGAAUAUCUUCUACGUCGCACCACCAAUCAUCAGAAAGGAAUUUCUGUGGAUCGAGUCUUCGUUCAGGCAGUGUUCAAGAAGCCCCGGCAAUAA